CGCCCAUACCGCCCAUACCGCCGCCAUUUCCGUUUAUUCCCAUCUGUCUGAGCCUGGAAUUUCCUUCCCAUAUACCCCCAUCCUCUACAAUUGCAAUUAGUUCUCGCAAACCGACACUCCCAUCUCGCCCUCUGCGUUCUUCCAAGAUUCUCCACGUUGCCACGGCCGUGGCUGGUGCGAACCACGAACUACGAACAAACGACUUCUGCGACCCAAGAUCUGCACACCUCCCGCUUCUCGAACCACCUCACGCCCGCUCCACGCCUCACCGCCGUUGAAACCCGUCUGAUCGGCGACUACGCGCUCUUGUCUCACAUGCCCCCGAUAUCUACAGCUACAACUACGACCGCGACCCCCCGCUCCAAACAGCCUCGCUCCCAGCGCACCACCGAUCUGCUCAGUGCCAGCGGAUCAUACCACAUAUCUACGAGCUCUGCAAACUAGAAUGUGCAGUCGCCGAAUGCUACUUAUCUGAGCGUUUUUUAUCAAGUGCCGCUAUUCCUGCCGGCUCUGCCAGCCUGUCCAGGUUACCUUUGCGACGAUGGGAGCGAGUCAGUCUACGACUUAUGCCCCGGGCGACGAUGUCGGCCUCAAUCACUUCACCCUCGGACGUGUUGUAGGAAAGGGUGCUUUCGGCAAAGUCCGCAUCGUGGAACAUAAAUACACGAAACUGACGUUUGCGCUGAAGUAUAUCCGAAAAGACGACAUUGUACGAACCGAGAGCGUGAGGAAUAUAAUACGAGAGCGCCGAAUGCUGGAACACCUGAAUCACCCAUUCAUAUGCAAUUUACGAUACUCGUUUCAAGAUACCCAAUACAUGUACCUCGUUGUGGAUUUAAUGAGCGGAGGCGAUCUGCGAUUUCACAUUGCGCGCAAGUCGUUUACCGAAGACGCAGUCAAGUUCUGGAUCGCAGAGUUGGGCUGCGCGCUGAAGUAUAUCCAUAAGCAGGGGAUCAUACAUAGGGAUGUGAAGCCAGACAACGUGUUACUGGAUUCGGAGGGCCAUAUCCAUUUGGCUGAUUUUAAUGUUGCAUCGGAUUAUACGCCCCGAAAACCCCUGACGAGCAAGUCUGGGUCACAACCAUAUCUAUCGCCCGAAGUUUGGGCAGGUACAGGAUACGGCCCGGCUGCGGAUUGGUGGUCGUUGGGCGUCCUCUUCUAUGAGUGCAUAUACAACAAGAGACCAUUCGAUACGCACAGCGCCAAGGGCCUCGGCGAACUAAUCAUGAACGCCAACCCCAGCUUCCCAGUCACCUCCCCGCCAGUCACAAUGCCAUGCAUGCACGCCGUCAGCUCAGCACUCGAACCCGACCCAACCAAGCGUCUCGGAGCGACGUGGCAGAGCUUCAUCGACAACCCCUUCUUCCGAUCCGUCGACUUCGAGGCGCUAGAGCGCAAGGAGAUCGAGCCCGUCUUCGUGCCGUCAAAAGACAAGACCAAUUUCGACGCCACAUACGACUUGGAAGAGCUACUCCUCGAAGAAGCGCCCCUGGAAGCACGCACACGCAGACAAAAACCCAGGGAACCGCUCGCGGAAGGCGCAACGGAUAAGGAGAUCCGAGAGGACGAGCUGUACCGCAUGAUCGAGACAGGCUUCAUGCCAUUCGACUACACCCUCGCCGCAUACACCCGCUUCCAAGAAGCCGACGACGCAGCCUUCCGCUCCCGGCCCCCACCGCAAAGCAGCACCACAACCCCCGGCUCCACCCCUUGCAACAGCGAAACCACACCCUCUACAACGAUGCGCUCCAAAUCGCCCGGCAGCGGCGGACCCACGGGUCAUCGUCGCACCCCCUCCAUCUCUGUGAAUGGGAAUGGAACUCCGAUCAAUAGCAACGGCAGUGGCGGUGGUGGCGGGCCAAGCAACGGUUACACCAACCCCAACGGCCACGGCUCAUCCCCGCCCUCCAACCUCAACGCGCCCGUCCGCCUCGUCUCCUCCAAAAACGGCGGAUACCGCGUCUUCUCCACCACGAACCCCUACGACGUCCCUCACGUCCCGCACGUCCCCCCUCCCCAAGCAGGCGCAAAAAACCGCGCUAACGAGAGCGCGAGCCGAUUAGCCAGCCAGUCGAGCAGCUCGAGGAUGGCGAGUAAGGGGGGGGGAUUGCAGGUUACGCUGGGGGAGACGGGGAGUUGGAGUGAGCUGGCGAAGAGGGAUACGACGUUGCUGGCUGAUGCGAAGGAUGUUGGUGAUUCCGGCGCGCAGGGGGUGGCGGGGGCGGGGAAGCCAAAUGGGAUGUUGGGGUUUUUGAGUAGGAAGAAGGGGAGGGGGCAUAGUCCGAAACCGCAGGAGAAGGGGGUGUUGGGGAAGGAGGGGGCGAGGGUUGUGAUUUCGCAGGGUUGA